UCAGCUGUAGCACUCUGGGAGGAGUGUCAAACUAGCAUUUAGGCUGUCAUUUAGAAGCAAACUGUUCUUUAUGCUUGCUUCAUCUCUCCUUCUCGACAGCACUUCCAUUACCAAUUAUUUGACAUCAUUCUCGCAAGCAUCUUAACUUGCUUCUCUUUUUCAGUUUCAAGGAGCAAAAACAUUUACUGAAAGAGGUCUUGCUGGUGAAAUUGCAGUCAUGGCACCCAAAAAGAAGACUGCAAAGAAACCCAAAGGGGAACUUAACGAAAUGACCAUAAUUGUGGAAGAUGGCCCCCUAACCAAACUCAAUAACCUAAAUAAUAUGUUGGAGGGAGACAACGGACUUAGCUGUGUAUCUACAGAGGUGUGUAACCCAUCUUACGGGCCAAACAUGCUAGAGGAGCUUAGCAGGAUGAGACAAGAAAAUUUCUUAUGUGAUCUGACACUCAAUACCAAAACAAAGUCAUAUAAUGCUCACAAAAUUGUCAUGGCUUCAUGCAGUGACUACUUCCAAGAUCUGUUCAAGAAAGAGCCUUCCAUUCAAAAGGUAGACCUGAAUGAUCUGUCACCCGUAGGACUAGCUACUGUGAUUGUAUAUGCUUACACUGGAAAAGUUACUUUAUCAUUGUAUACAAUUGGGUGCACCAUUUCUGCUGCUAUGUUUCUUCAGAUCCAUACACUUACAAAAAUGUGCUGUGACUUUUUGGCCCAAGAAAUCAAUGUGGAAAAUUGCAUGUAUGUUGCAAAUAUUGCUGAAACUUAUGUCCUGAAAGGCACAAAAGAGAUGACACAGAAAUUCAUUAGAGAAAACUUUGUUGAUUUUUCUGAAACAGAACAAUUCUUUAAACUUACAUUUGACCAGAUCAAUGACUUUCUUAUGGAUGAUGAAUUGGCAUUGCCAUCUGAAAUAACUGCAUUCCAGAUUGCAAUGAGAUGGCUUGACUUUGAUCCAAAAAGGGUGAAGUAUGCUGGAGAUUUACUGAAAAACAUCCGCUUUGGUACCAUCUCCGCACAGGAUCUAGUCAGUUAUGUACAGAGUGUUCCAAGAAUGAUGGAAGAUGGCGAAUGUCACAGGCUGCUUGUUGAUGCCAUGAACUAUCAUCUACUUCCAUAUCAACAAAACUCUCUCCAGUCAAGAAGAACAAGAGUUCGUGGUGGUGUUAAAGUUCUUGUCACUGUUGGUGGGCGUCCAGCACUUGUAGAAAAGUCCCUUAGUAGAGAAAUCCUGUAUAAGGAUCCUGAACUUGGCUGGAACAGGCUUACUGAAAUGCCUUCAAAGAGCUUCAAUCAGUGUGUGACAGUAAUGGAUGGAUUUCUGUAUGUGGCUGGUGGAGAAGAUCAAAAUGAUGCCAGAAAUCAAGCAAAGCAUGCAGUUAGCAAUUUUUGCAGAUACGAUCCGCGUUUCAACACCUGGCUCCAUCUUGCAAAUAUGAUUCAGAAGCGCACACACUUCAGUCUAACAGCUUUCAAUGGCCUUCUUUUUGCAGUGGGUGGCCGUAAUUCUGAUGGCUGCCUGUCAUCUGUUGAAUGCUAUGUGCCUGCAGUCAAUCAGUGGCAGGUAAAGUCACCACUGGAGAUGGCAAGGUGUUGCCAUGCCAGUUCUCUCAUUGAUGGCAAGAUCCUUGUCUCAGGUGGCUACAUCAACAAUGCUUAUUCACGUUCAGUAUGCAUGUAUGAUCCAGCUACUGACAGCUGGCAAGAAAAAGCAGGCAUGAGCACCCCAAGAGGAUGGCAUUGUGCCGUUUCCCUUGGUGACCGUGUCUAUAUAAUGGGUGGAAGCCAGCUUGGGGCAAGAGGUGAGAGAGUUGAUGUUCUUCCUGUUGAAUGCUACAAUCCUUAUACUAGCCAGUGGAGCUAUGCUGCUCCACUGCAAACAGGAGUAAGCACAGCAGGGGCAACAGCGCUAAACGGAAAACUCUAUCUGAUUGGUGGCUGGAAUGAAGUCGAGAAGAAGUACAAGAAAUGCAUCCAGUGCUACAACCCAGACUUCAAUGAAUGGACUGAUGAAGAUGAGCUGCCUGAAGCUACUGUGGGUGUAUCGUGUUGCUCUGUUACUAUGCCAAAUCGCAGAACAAGAGAAUCUAGGGCUAGCUCCACAUCAUCCAUGCCAGUCAGCAUUUGAAUGUGGUCUUAGUAUAAAAGUACCUUAACUGUCUGGAACAUACUUUCUUGUUAACUCAUACAUUUUAGUAAAAGUUGCAAUUGGAGCUUGAUGUACCAAGAAGUAGUCAAUAACAUUUUAAAAUCUGAAAAAAAAAAAAGAUUUCCGGAAAAUGUUAGCUAUUUGUUUAAAUAUAUAUAAUAUAUGUCAGAUUCCAAAGCAUGUUUUAAAUCUAUAAUUAUAAAUGCCAUUAUUUUGUAACCACUCUGCCGAUUUAUAAUACCUAUAACCAGAGUUUUAUUGCUGAACUAAAUAACUUUUUUUGUGGAAACCAGUUGCCUGCCUAGCCAUUCUGUUAUUUUGGUUAAUGCUGGCAUUAUUAGGUGCUUAGUUCUAAAUGGUUCUGUCAUAUAAAUUUAAAGGAAUGGUACAACAAAUUAUAUCAUUAAUGGGAAAAGUAUAGCGUAGCAUUAGUACUGUAAGAGAUAAAAAGAAAGUAUGUAAAAGAAGGAACACAUAAUUUUACAACCACCUGUAAUCUGAAGUUGAAAUAUUCAAAAUGCAAAAAAAAGUUGUAUUGUAUUUGUAGAACAUUUUUGUACUUACUGUCCCCAACCCUGACACCUCUGUGUUAAAUGCUUACUGCCCUAGUUUAAUUAGUCGGCAUUUUAAAUGUGCUACUAUGUUUUUGUAUUGUCUGUCCUUCAGGAGUUUUUAGCUCAGCAAGCUACAAAAUGGGCUGUCAGUAUUGUUGCAGCAUAUCCCAGAUAUGUUUAUUAAAAAUAAAUAAAUAUAAUUAAUGAACAAUACAUAAACAUGAAAAUAUAAUGUCAGAAUAUAGAAAUGCUGUCAGCAUAGAAACAAGAAUGCCUUUUAGGAUUGUGUGCUAGUUAAAAAAUUUAUGGCCAAAUAAAUUACAUUUUAAUAACUGAUUUUAUUGUAUUGAUGAUGAGCCUUUGGUGCAAAUAUCAGUUUCAAGCAAUUUUAUUUAAUUUGUAAAACUAUUUUUCGGUUUCUCUUUGCAGGUGUUGUUAUAUAUUUUUUGGGGUUCUAUGAUAACAGCUCUAUUUUUCCUCCCCAUUCUGCAGCAAUUUUCAGCGCAUCAUUGAGCAUCUCCUGACCCACUGGCUAGUCUCUGGAGUUGCUAUGACUGCUCCUUUCAAUGAUGCUAGAUACAUUACUUCUUUGCUGUCCACCUUCCUAAGAGGCAGAGACUUCUGCUUAGGGGAGAGAGUGGAGAUUCAGUGGGGAGGUCAUGGAAAAGUAGCCGUCACUCUUGUUAUGACCAGUGAAGGUUUUAGCUGCUGGGGAGCAUCAGAAAGCACUCAGUAUACAAAGCAGUAUUCAGAUGUUCUAUUUUCAUUUUGAUGAGCACCCCAUAUGCUCCUGCAUGUUCUAUACUGGAUGCCUGUAGAACAUCCCACCAUUCAUUUAGUGUCACUGUUAAAUGUUAACUUCCUGGUUUGCACCAGAAGCAUGAAGACAAAAGUAGGUUCCUUGCCUCGCACCUUAUUACAGGCAAACAGACCUACAGCUGUUUCAGCCUAUCCAUCACUGCCAAACUGUCUGAUAAUUAGGACCUGAUCGUGACUCUAGCUUGCCUGGGGCAAGGAUACAUUGCUUGAUUCUGUACCAGUAUGCCAGCUAAGAGGUUCAUGUUUCCACUUUUGAAUUUUUAUGCAAAAUUUUAAGCAAAUAGAAAAUAAUCAUACAAUGAUCACCAGUUUACCAGGGCCAGGUAUUUUCCUGCACCACUAACUGAAUUUUAAGACUUGCUACUCUGAAAAAUUCCUGAAGAAUGAUGCUUUCUAGUCUUAAAGUCACAGUAUCUUUUCCAAUGCAGUUUAUUAAACUAUAGAAAUAAGUCUGUGAUAAGCAUGCAUGUUAAACAUCAGUAAAACAUAAACUAAGCUACUUAAUAAAAAUUAUUUUUGUAUUACUUUAACAACAUGUUUAUCACAGUUAGAGAAUAUCCAAGAAUCAAGCUGAUUAUGAAUAUCAACCAUGUGUAUUGGAUUUUAUGGGCACAGACAUUUAUCCUGCAAGUUUGCUGUUUAUAUAUCUGUCUUUUUUUUCCUCUUUUUAUGUAAUCCCAUUUCUUUUGCUGAUAACCAUACCUGUAACCCAUCCAAAAAUCAGUAUAAUUUGAAAGCAUUUUUAGCAUAAUUUGUCAGAGGACAGUACCAUGUUAUAUAGGUUAUGGUAUUUCACCAGAAAUGCAGUCUGCUGGCAUAAACUAUAUAAAGAGAGCUACCAAAAUGUAUCCCUUUAAAUGUUACUGCACUGAAGCCAUCAUAGUGAAAGGUGCUAAUAUAUAACAGGAAUUUUGAUUUUUUAAAGGAACACAACAUUGCAGCUAAAAUUAACAGAGAAAAAAUAACAAAUAAAUGCAUAAACACAGCUGCAACAUGCAGCUGGAAUCUUUGCCACAUCCCCAAGGUGAAUAUUGUAUCAUUCUCACUCCAUGAUUACACCUAUCUGAGAGAAAUUAAAAUCAGUUGACUUGGCUAAAUUCAGACCUUGUAAUUUUUUUUUUUUGCCCCACAGUUUCUAAGUUUGCAAAGGUUGAAUAUUUUUUUCCAGAACAGCCAUUGCAUUGCUUGUAAAGUUUCAGUUUUCAGUAUAAUGCUGUUGAUUGGGUGUCAUCAUUAUACUGUCUCACUGGGUAAGAACAAGUUGAUAGAAUUUAGUUAGAUGUUCAGCAAAUUAUAUAAAGUGGAUUACAUUGCUACCACUUGCACCCUACUUAUUAAAAAUGUUUCUUCAUUGGAUUAGUUAGUUGCUUUACAUUUCUGACCUGGAGUGAGUUUGAAAGUGAAUAGAUAAUCCAUAUAUUUUAUUUAAAGAAAAGUACCUUUUGGGGCAAAAGCAAACACAAAACCAAAUCAGAUAUUUUAAUAUAAUAAAAGAAAACCAUUUAGCCAAUAAAGUGUGUGAUGGCUUAUGUUAUGUGAAAAAUCAUGCUUUAGUGGUUGGAGAACAAAGCUAUAAGGAAGCUAAGCAGUGUAUCUGCUGAAUUCACAACAGAUGGCAUCCUAAAAGCUUAACAGUUAUUGAAGUGCUGCUCUAAGAGAUAAUACUAAUAGAUAAUAUAUAGAUAUAUUUUACAUCAUUUAUAUUUUAAUGUGUCAACCAUGCUGAGUUACAAAACACACAGAUGCACAGUUAUCAAAUUCAGCAAUUCUGCUAUUUAUCUGGAUUUAUUUUGCAAUUGUCGGUAUGUAAUACACUUAGACUAAAAAUGGUGUUAUGCCUUAUCUUAAUUGUUUUUUUGUUUGCUUCCAUUUUUAAAACGUAAUAAAUAUCCCUAAAUACAACCAUUUAUAUAUGUGCAUAUGUACACAUGUGCAUGUGUGUAUAUAUAUAUAUAUAUAUAUAUAUAUAUAUAUAUAUAUAUAUAUUACCUCAGAGAGCAUUUACUUGAGAAAGCAUGACUAUAAAUCAUUUUGAUCCCUUUGUGCUUUUCUCUACUGAUAAAAAAUGCAUACUCAUGAUUGUCCAUAGCAUUUAAACCCAUUUAGAUUAUAAAUGUAUCUACUACUCUGGAACAUAAUGUGUUUUAAUAACUGGUGAGAGAUAUUUUUUAAUAAAAUGUGAAGGUUUUAAAUAUCAGACAAAUUGUAAUGUGGAGCAUGUACUGGGUUUCCUUCUCCUACAUAAAAUGCAUUUAGUCUGACUAUAUUAUGUCUGUAAUGUAUUAUCUAUGUACAACAUUCUGCUAUACUAUAGAAUAAGGAACCUUAUGCCAGCCUGAACGGUACUUACACUUCAUGCAUUGAUUCUCCAAAUUAACAAGCUAAAAUAAGCAAGGAUAGAAAUGUUUUUAAUUUCAUGAGGUAGAUAUUAUCAAGACUAUUUGUUAUCCAUGAUGUCAGUUAUUUUUUAUUCCCAGACACAUUUGUAACAUUUGCUCGGUUUUUAGCUUCUAUAUACUUAUACUGUUUACCACUCUUGUUUCUGAUAAUUCUUUGCAACCUUGUUGCAUAUGGAGCAAUGUUUUAUGUAAUUAAUGAAAUCAGUAAAACUUUUUUGCAUACAUCCCACUAUUUAGGAUUUUUUCACAUCAAACUUUUCAGAUCAAGUUCCUAUUGGUUUAAUCUUUGGCUACCUAAAUGAUAAAUUUGUCUGUAUCUGGAACAUUAAUGUAAAAAUUGACAUAUGUGAUAGAACUGGUAUAAGGUGCCUCAUAUGGUAUCCAAAAUCCCAUCUACAUCUGAAACAUAAGUAAUGGAUACAAGCGCUAACUACAUUGGUCACUGACCAUUCAUCUUUUAGAUUUCAUUCUCAGAUGGUUAGAUUAUAGAUGUACUUACUUUACCACAUAUAUUUUUCUGAACAGUUUCACGAGUGAUCUCACAACACCAGGUAUGUUUUUCUGCACACAUUUACUCAAAGGAUCCAUGGAAAUAUUCUAGGUGAAAGGCAGUCUUUCUCAAUUAAUCAAAUAUUAAUUACUUUUAAUUAUAUGACCAUAGAUAAAAUAAAUCAAAUGUUAAUUACUUUUAAUUAUAUGACCAUAGAUACUUAACUUACAGAACCAUAACAAAUUAAAUUAUUCACAAUGAGACACAAAAAUCGUCAGAAAGAAAAUAUGCUAACAAAAACACACAGAAAAACACAAUGCUGCAAAAGAAACAAAUCCUAGGGUUGUACUCUCCCAACUUAUUGUCUUUUACUAAAUACACAUUGUAGCUCUGAAGUCACAGUAAAUCAAAAUCAGAAAAUCUUGCAGACAUACACAACUCUUUGCACAACACACAAUCCCAGGAACCAAAGACUCUAAAAAAUGUAACUGGCAGCUACAACCCUACAGUGCUGCUUAGUACUCCAAUUAAAACCUAUGCUGCAAUACCAGAUCAGCCAGCAGGGGGCAUCCAUGGGGCAGUCCAAUAUUCCUAUACAACACACAUUGUUAACAAGUGAAGUGAGAUACACCCACUGUCUCACUAGUACAGACAUCUACACCUACAAUAAAUUAGCAAAUACUUGUACCACAACUUCAUCACCCAAGUACCUUGUACCUCGAUAUAACAAUCAAUGAAAUGAUGACUAGAGUCUAAUAACAUUCGCUGUGGAUUGUUCUAGAUAAAGUUAUAGCAGUAUAAAAUUCAUGGUAACUUAAAUAAAGCUGCACAAUAACAAAUCAUAUGAGUCUAGUAUGCUGUUCAAAGUCUAAAGAUGAGCUUCACCUUUCCACUAGAUUUCAUUCCUGUUGCCCUUUUAGUUUACUUUUCCUAGGUACCUAAAUUAUGCUGCACUUGUAUUGCUUAUUAUGAAAUUCAAAAAUAUAACACCAGUACUAAACUGAUAAGCAGAGCAGAGGGUUGUUUGUUUUAUAGGGUGUAGUAGGAAGACACCUGCCAUGGCAGUGUUUUUUUAAUAUGGUUGGUUUAAAAAACUUGAGUGAAAGCUAUACAUUUUUCUAACAAUAAACCAUUUUGAUCAUACCUUUUCCACAAGCUAAGACCAUUUAUUCACCUUACCAUAUGACAUCAACCUCCAUAUUUAAUAUUAGAAACCAAUUUUAUUGUCUUGUGGAAAACUUAAAAAAAUUAAAACAAGAGUUGUUUUUGGAUUGGAAGAUGGCUGCCUGUUAAUGGCAUUACAAGAUAGCAAUGGUUCAUAGUGCACAAUGUGGGUUAGAGCAGGUUGAAGUAAAUGGUGAACAGAAGUAUGUAGCGUGCUUGUAUAGAGAAUGUAAAAAUAAGUGGUGCAGCUUCUGUGUUUUUUUGCUACUGAUCAUGACAUGUAUAGCUUGAUAUUCUUGUUUCUGUUUCAUAGGAAAACACUAGAAUAACUGCUCUGAAGGGUUAUUUUAAGUCUAGUCAAUAAUCCUAGGUCAGAAUUAAACCCUGUAUCUUGUGUCUACACAGGAAAGGCCUUAGCCAUUAUGCCAAGCCCAAGAAAACUGAUAACUUAGAAUAGUGAAAAGUCUGUAUUUUCUGAGAUGGCAAAUCCAUUAAAUAAGUCAGAUGAGAAGUUUUCUGUUUAACCUUUUUAUUUUGAUUUUCUUAGCAUCAGUUGCCUGUUAAUUUACUAUUACUUUGAAACAGAAUUAUCUUGUAGAUUUUCAGAGAAUGCUGUUUAAAUAUGAGUGAUUUGAAAUGAGUCUAGUAUCGUAAGUUCUGUUCCCUUUGUCUAUACUACCAUAUUUCAAGUAUUUACACUUAAUUUGAAAUUUGAUUAAAGAAGUGACUAGUACAAAAAUUGUUUUAAACACAUAUUAAGUAUUUUACUUUGAAUAAAUAUAUCAUCACAUUUGCUAAAUCAUAGUUAAUACAGAAAUUUGUAAUAAUGACUAAAAUGUUUAUUACUGUAAACCUUUACGGAAUGCCCCUUCCUCAUAUUUGCUGUACUACCACAUUAAGGUUGUUAUUGCCUCGUAAUCCUUUUUGGGAGCCUUCUGUAGUCUUCAUACUUUAACAAUGAUAAAGCAAGUCAGAGUUAUGGAAUAAUUAUAUUUCUUUGAACUUGUAUAGAUUUACUCUUAAAUCAUUUUUGUAAUAUUCUUUUUAGAUUAAAACACUAUAGCUCAUCUGCAGGGCCUAAACUUGUUUUUUUUUUAAUUAUUAAGGAAGCAUUAUUAUACACUUUUAUGUGAAGGUCUACUACUUUGCCUCAUUUUUAAUAGCUUUACACUUCAACUGCAAUACUAGUUUACUCUUGAACAUUUGUAAAAUUCUUCACAAACUAAAAAAAAAAAACACUCUACAAAUUUCCUUAUUUUGCAUCUUCUAGCCGUUAGGAAAUUACAUACACCCCAUUAUAUGAAACAGCAUUGGUGAGGAUGUACUGAAGAUAAACUCAUGCCUGAAAGGAUUUUAACUUCUACCAGCAUAUGAAUAAAACACUUUGGAGUGAUAGAUUCAUUAUCCAAUAAUUGCACCUAUUUCUAGAACAUAUUGCUCUUGCAUGUUAAGCAGAGUGACGUCCUUCCCUCCUUCAAGUCUAACAUUGAUGAUUGGAUGGUUACCUGCAAAUUCAUCCCCAGCCUGACAUGUUUAUCCCUGCAAGAUUCAGAGUUACUUUGUAGUUCAUAGGUUCAUAGGUUAGGUUACUACAUUAAGCUAACUGCCCUUGCGAGCCAUUUUAAGCCUAGCCAAUUAUCCCUUGCGAGAUUCAAACCCUGCACCUUGUGUUUGUAAGGCAAACACUUUAGCCAUUAAGCCACCCUCCCAGCCCUAUUGUUAGUUCCUAUGACUUUACAAUCCCAUGUAUUAUGUAGAUAUGUCUAUUGCUGAAAAUGUACUAACUGGAUUAAAGGAGUUCUGUUUGAACAGUGUUCUUGAAAACAGUUUGUACUUAUUUUUAAAUACUCAAGAGGAACUCAUUUACACAUGCCAGAAUGAUGCUUGGGAAUCCAUACACUAACAUCUGGAUACAUUAUGAAGCCUGCCCUAUACUUAGUGUCUAAUGCAGCAUGAUAGUUGUUCAUUUUAACAAGUGUUUAGAAACAUUUGAAACAACACUGGAUUGAUUGCUGUUGUGUAUUAUGUUGGAAAGAAAGUAAUGUGUGCCAUAAUUUAUCUUUAUAAUGGUCUGGUGUCCAUAUUUAAAGAAAUACCUGUCUCCAGUGCAGUAUUAAUACUAGUUACAUCAUUGUAGUUGUGAUUUGGGAAUCUAGCUCACACUGUGCCUUGUGGUGUGCUGUAAAAUUAUCUGUCAUUUAAAUAAAAGUUAUAAAAGAUUACUGAAGAUUA